ACUUGUGUACCAUAAUAAUCUCGUACAUUUCAGGAUCACUAGUCGGACCUGCUCUUCUUUGCACAAUAUCUAUCUUCUAAAGAACAAAAAUGCAGAACUUCAGUGCUCAUAACAAGAGAAUAUUUAGAACAUACUCAGAUGAUCGAAGCCUCUUAAAACCAACAUUUUACACUAGUGCUGGGAAAGGGGGAUUCUAUUCUAAGGAAUUCCUCGGAUCUACCUCUGCACAAAUGGAGAUUGGAGUUGGAAAUGAAAAAAAUACCAUGCAAAUACUAAAUAACCGACUCGCCACCUAUCUAGAGACGGUCAGGAGCUUGGAGAAGACCAAUAGUGAGCUGGAGUUGAACAUUUACCAGUUUCUACAGGAAAAAGGUCCAGACGCUCAGGACUAUAGUCACUACCAAGUCACCCUUGAUAAACUACGCAAAGAGAUCCUUGAGAUGACCUUAAAUUGUGCAAAAGUGGCUCUUCAAAUGGACAAUACCAAGCUGGCUGCUGAGGACUACAAGCUUAAGUUUGAACAUGAACUUCAACAAAAACAAAGUGUUGAAGCAGACAUUCAUGCACUGAGAAAAAUGCUGGAUGACACCAAUUUGGCACGACUGCAUUUUGAAAAUGAAGUUGAAGUACUGACAGGGGAGCUCAUCAAUCUGAAUAAAAAUCACCAACUGGAAGUGUUAGAAUUGCAUAAUCAGAUCACCCAGACAGGGGUGCAGGUGGAUGUUGAUGCUCCGAAGGGACACGAUCUGUCUGCAGUUAUGGAGGAGAUGAGAGCCAAGUAUGAAAAGAUCACCCUGAAGAACCAGGAGGAGCUCAAGGCCUGGCAUGAAUCAAAAAUCACGGAGGUGCAGGUUCAAGUUAUUGAGAACACUUCAGCAUUGAAGGAAGCCAACACACAUGUCAGCGAGAGCCGCAGGACGAUGCAGUCACUGGAGAUAGAGCUGCAGUCUGUGACUGGAACUAGAGCAUCUCUUGAAGAAGCCAUUCGGGAAACGGGUCUGCGAUAUGGCAUGCAGUUGGAGCAGUACAAUGCUAUCAUUGUAAUGAGAGAGUCCGAACUUAGACAGCUGCGCGAGGACAUUCAAAGUCAAAAUCAGGACUAUCAGGCCCUGUUAAACAUCAAGAUGAAGCUGGAGGCUGAAAUAGCCACCUAUAGGAGACUCUUGGAAGGAUAAGACAUUCAAUUUCUGACUGAAGAGCAGAGUAAGAUAAAAGUAACCACCAUCACCCAGACACUGGUGGAUGGGAAAGUGGUAUCCAAGAGCUCUGAAACUAAGGAAAACACAGUCUAAACCCAAACCAGACCACUGCUGUUCAUGGAAGAUAACAGUACAAGACAAAUACCUCAUGAGCCGAUGCUAACAACAGCAUAAAUGAAUUGUUAUUACAUAUAAUCAUAUAAUCACUGUCCUCUAUGCACUGUUUCAAUGCCAAUCUUCAGCGAUAAUUAGGUUCCAAAUAAAGUGUUCCCAAGAUCAAAGUCCUUCAUAUUUGAUUUUACUAUGUGAUAACAAUUCAAAUGCCGUUUACUGUGCUAUUGUUCUCUUGUAUUCUGCUUCAAUAAUCCUGUUGGGUUUUUAAAACAAUCUCCCUCUUCACAUUACAGGGGGUCGUGUGCUCCCAUCUCCCACAAACUCUACUCCAGUGAUAGUAAAUACUCCAUUGUCCUGACAUGUCUGUGUUUUGUGGUUGUUUACACAAAUCUUGAUCUAUUUUUCAUCCAGGUGCUUAAAGAAAUGAUUGAUGGCCCUUAUCUUCUUUGAGCCAACCCUUGACAGGUAAUCUUUCUUGGGAAUCAGAAAUCUAGAAGUGAAACUAGAAGUUAGCAGACUAAACAAAGUUCAAUCUUGGAGAUUCUCAGCAUUUUAAAUGCUGGUUCAGAUUUCCAUGGUAUACUUUGAGAGUAAAAUUGGCAGACAAUUGAGGUGUGUUAAGUAUUUUUGUUUAAAUUUAACCCUGAAGUAAGGUUGCUACACAACUGAUGUCUCACAGACUCUCUAGUUGCGUUGCCAGCCAUUUAGAUAGAAACUACAAAAGUUAUGUGUAAAAAGAUCUACAGGAUUAUAAUCAGGAUCAAUGGAUUUUAUCCUAUUUUUAUCCUAUUUUAUUUUAGUAUGAAAAUAGAAGUAACACUUUGGCAAAACUCACUACCACAAUGAUAUUAUGUUGUGGGUGAUUGCCAGGGCAUUGCUGAAAGGUUGCUACAAUGGUUUGAGUGGUUUUUAACAUUUUGCUUUUCAAUUGCUAGGGUGUUUUGGAUGGUUGCUAGGUGGUUUCUAGGGAAUUAUGUGUGAUUGUUAGGUGGUAGCUUGCUAGCACAGAUAAAAAAAAACAUUCUAUGACAUUUUUGUCCUCAAUAUGGAUCAACCACACACAGUUUGGAGAUUGUCAAUAAACUCUGCUCCUAUAUUUUUUGCUCAUAAGUAGCUAAAUAGUUUACUGUACUGAAAACCAUUACACACUUUUCCAUUUUUCUAUUUGAGAUGUGAUGAUAUUCUGCUACUAUGGGUCACUUUAUUGCAUAACAUGAUGGUAUUUCUAACACCAUGUGGUCCUGCAGUCAGUAAGUCUGCAUUUAAAGAGUAUCUCCCAUCGAAAAGCAAAGCUUCAUUGUAUAUUUUUAACAUAUUUGGCCUGUUAGUAUCCAUUUCAGGCAAAUCUAGGCAGGUGAACCCCAUGAACUACCUUGAAAAUGAAAAGAUCCAGUAGCAGUGUACCCUACGGCGACUAAGUAUAGAAUGUUCCACUGUGGGCCUGUAAAAUGGGGAAUUUGCGGCUAACCAUGAGGCACUGUUUCCACUCAAAUCCUCCUUUGUCACAGUAGGCUGAAGGAGUCAACUCAGAGGAAUAGACUGUUGGUUUGCAGAUGACGUUGGCAAUUCAGACAUUUGUGGAUGGAAAAGUAGAGUUGGAGUGCAAAAUGCUCCGCUUUAGCCAAAACGAGCCAGAUGAAGUUACUGAGUUAUAACACAAGAGUGUCUUCCAAUGCCGACAUAGGUUGAUGACAAAUGGACAUGAAAUUUACUUUUCUCUUUUUUCCAGCAUCAAUAUUUUAGAUUAAAAUGUGUAUAUUUGUAUGAGAAAGUGUAUGUUUCUAUUGCUGUAAAAGCUCACAAUUUCUUUUCAACACUUCUAAUUAACAUUUGGUAACACUAGUUAUUUUCAGUGGUUCUGCUGUGAAGAAUUUGUGCUAAAUAAUAUUUAAAGGUAAAAUUUGCAUGUAGGCAUAUAACUGCAAGCUCAAUAAUUAUAAUACAGUUUGAAGAAACCUAGAAGUACAUUUUUAAUUAACUACCAUUUUCUUUUGAAUAAGUGUAUUUCGUCAUGUUUCCUUAAAUAUCAUGUCAUAUGCUUUUCUAUUUAAUUUUGACAACGAAAGGAAUAUUCCGGGUUCAAUUUAAGAUAAGCUCAAUUGACAGCAUUUGUGGCAAAAUAUUGCCUUUCUUUAAAAAAGGCAAAAAUCGGGGUUACAGUAAGGCACUUACAAUGGAAGUGAAUGAGGCCAAUCUGUAAACAAUAAAAUCCUCAAUAUUUCAAAAGUAUAUCCAAAAGAAGUAAACAAUAUGCAUGUUUACAUGAUUUUAGUGUGAUAAAAUUGCUUACUAACCUUUUCUGUGUAAAGUUAUAACAUGUUAUUAAAUUAUACAAAAGUGGACUUAAAUCGCCUAUAUAUACAAAAAUUAUUUGUACUCUUAUACAUGUGUAUCCUUUUCAAUGCCUUGGUGAAUGAAUAGAUAGUGGAAAAACUUUGCUAAGACCACAUGCUUAGGCUAAAUGCCUUACUUUU